CUACACCACUCUCUUUCCAUUUUUAGUUUCGAAAUCCAGCAGAUAUACCCUGAUUUGCCAGUCUUGUCAUUUUAGUUAUCUUUGUUAAUCCCUCUUUCUCCUGUACCCAUCCACCCAUCCUGCCUUUUUUUGUCAGAGUUAUACGAGGUCACUAUUACUCGUACAAAUGGAGGCAACGCAAGAGUCAACUCAACCAUGUACGGACCCUCGUCGCAUGGGCCGUAACAACUCUGGUCUCCACGAUGAUGACAUGACGGAUAUCAUUUGUAUCUUACAUCCAAACUCGCCUGCAGCUCACGAUGCGGUAGCCGCAACCGCUCGCGUCGCCCCGCAGCACAUCCUACAGAAGGAUGAGCUAGAAUAUGAAUGGUCAGAUACCGCGGCUUUGGACUUCGCUCUUAGACUAUCAUCACAGGUGCGCAGUGCAAGUGGGGGAUUUUGCUUCGGGCGCCAUGUGGCUCGCUGCGACCUUAUCGCUCCUGAUAACUCGAAACGUAUCUCGAACCAGCACUUUCGCAUUCAUCUCACUCACGAUGGGAUACUGAUGCUGGAGGAUACAUCGACAAACGGAACGGUUGUAGACAACUGCGCUCUUCGCAAGAUUUUGCAAAACAACAGCCGCAUGCUGGUCAAUGGUUCAGUCAUCCAAGUCCCGAACGGCGACCAGCCCUCCGAGGAAGUCAGAUUUAUCGUGCGCCUUCCUUCUCGGGAAGGGUUUGCCAUGCAGUACACGGAGAACAUGCUUCGCUACUUCGAACAAAUUGAGAAACAACGGACGGGUGAAGCGCAGGCUAAGCUUCGCGCAAAUGCCGCGGCAAACCUGCAGCUACCGCAGCCUAAUACAUUCGGAAUGCACUGGACUGGCGGCUCGACAUACAACGUGACCGGCCAGAUUGGCAAAGGCGCGUUUGCGACGGUCUACAAGCUUGCCACAAAGCAGCAUGGAGCUGUGUACGCGGCUAAGGAGCUUGACAAGCGACGCUUCAUGAAGCACGGCAUACUCGACAAGAAGGUUGACAAUGAAAUGAAAAUCAUGAGAGAUUUGAAACAUCCCAACAUCGUCCAGUAUGUUGACCACCAUGAGCAUGAGCGAUGGAUCUAUAUCAUCAUGGAGUACGUUCCUGGCGGAGAGCUGUCCACGUACUUGCACUCUCAUGGCAAGAUUCGCGAGGACAUGGUUAGGCCUAUGGCGCGUCAAAUCGUCCAUGCCCUGCACUAUCUCCAUAAGCGCAAGAUCACGCAUCGCGAUAUCAAACCCGAUAAUAUCUUGAUUUCCUCCCUCGAACCUUUAAGGGUGAAAUUGUCGGAUUUUGGUCUUUCAAAGGUAGUACAGGAAGAAACAUUUCUCAGAACCUUCUGCGGCACUCUUCUGUACUGUGCACCCGAAGUCUACCCGGAGUACGAUACAUACCGGCGCGGUGAAGUUAGGAAACGACGAAGGCUCGGCGAUCCGCCCCCGAAAACGUCACCUUACGAUCAGUCCGUCGACAUGUGGUCAUUCGGUGCAGUCCUCUUCCACCUUCUUGCUGGGGUUCCUCCAUAUGCGCCACGAGGUGAAGAUCGGGGAGCCCAAAUGCUGAGGAUUAUCAUGAGCGAGGAUCCGGAUUGGGAUGCACUUCGCAGCGCAGGGGUCUCUGAGGCUGGCAUCGAUUUUGUCGCUCGACUUCUCAAUCGCGAUCCUCAAUCACGACCGAAUGAAAAAGCAUGUUUCCAGCAUCCGUGGAUCUCUGAGAUCAACGACGUUGAUGAAUAUGACGACGACCCCAACUCGGAACUCCCAUGUGAACUCUCUGACAUAGGUGAAGACCUGGAGGACGAGCUGGAUGCCUCUCAGCUUUCUCUCAAUGAUAAGAUAGGAGCCAAAGCUGUGGCCGAAGAGGAUAGUGAUGUCGCCCAGUCCAAGAAGAUCAAACUGGACCCCCCAGCGGAAAUUCUCUAUCCAGCGCUUCCAAGUUUUGAAAGCUUUUCGGCGGUUCAGCCAGUGGCUCAAUCUACUCCCCGACGACUUUUUGGGGAGAUCACGCCGUCAAUUCUUCGUAGCUCCCAUGCUCUGGGGGGCAACGUCGAUGCGUUCGAGGGUGACGAUUUUAGCAUCCAUGACUUCAUUUCUUCAGCCGGUGAGUCGAUGAUUAGCGACGGCAACAGCCUGAACUCCAUCCUCUCCCUUCCGGACAACCCAGUCGCUGGAUCCGCGCCUAGCUUGAUGGGAGCUGAGAACCUUGUUGGGCAGCUGAACAUGAACUCGUGGCACCCUGGCACGUCGAGCAACCCUCCCCAGCGCGCCACGACGCCGGGGCUGCCAAGUAGCGAGGCCGCGGCCGUCCCCGAGAAGGAAGCCCCAGCGGCACCCCAGCAACCUCAGCAACCCCAUAUUGAUGACGACACCCCCAAAGCCUCAAAAUUCAACCGCCGAAUUGAGUUGCCUGUGCCUGAUACAGCUAGUGAACGCUCGAGCCCAGAUGAUACAACGGGGAAGGGCGACGACCUGCCAGCAGAACCCGAACCCGCCCCCGGGGAGAUCUUCGACAUUGAGCUGAUGAACACCAUCGAUGCGAAGACCGGACAGCAACUUCCCGAUCUCCCCGCCCGGACAGAUGAUCGAGCCUCUGCGGAACCCGUACCAGAUCCGAUACCGCUUCAGAUCCCCAAAACCGUGCCCCAGCCCGGCCAAACUCUCCCUCUCUUAGGCAAGUUGACCAGCAUUUCCGGAUCCAUCUUUGACCUCACGAUUCCUUUGGAAACUCGGAUGACUUCGUGGGGCCGUGGACCCCAAGCGACCAUAUGCUAUCCCGAGCCGAUGGACACUCGUAUCCCUGCAUAUGCCUUGGAGGUUACCUUCUGGGCUCCCGCCAUCGAAACGAAGAUUGCUGCUGGCCAGGAUUGGAUGAAGGUCCCCGGGGUGAUGGCGAUCCUCUCCACCAAGACGCGCAAGUGCAUCUGGGUCAACGACACCGAGCUCCGACGAGGGCCGGAGAGCGACAACGGACGGGAGGGGUUUCAUUUCGGCAAGCUGUACAACGGAGACAUCAUUACCGUUUAUCAACAUCGGAACAAGUUCUUAAGGUUUGUGUGCGAAUUCUACCACGGAGACAGCGCGCGCCCACGUCCGGAGGAAGAGAAAGGCUUUACCGUGCGCAAAGUUUUGAUGUCCAAGGAUACUACCGUGAACCGACAACCUGUCCGGAAAGCGCUGGGGGGGAAGCGGUAG